AUGGUGAGGCUGACGUACCUGACUGCGCUCACCACGUUCUUCGGCUACAUCCUCCUCAUCGCCUUCGGUGUCCUCCGAGACCUCGUCCGCAAGCUCCUCGACUGGUUUAAAUCCGACGACCUCAAGGGUUACGCUCCGAUAUGCCCACCAUUUGAGGAUUUCUACACCCGCCGAAUCUAUCACCGUAUUCAGGACUGCUUUGGUCGACCAAUCGCAAGUGCAGCAGAUGCUUGGAUCGAUGUGGUCGAGCGGCAUUCAAAUGACAACGACAAGACUCUCCGCCGGACCUCGACCACCUCGAGAUGCCUCAACCUUGGAUCAUACAACUACCUUGGUUUUGCAGCAGGAGAUCGAUACUGCACUCCUCGUGUCGUCGAGUCUCUUAAGAAAUAUGCAUCUGGCACUUGCAGUGCUCGGGCCGACGCAGGCACCACUAAGUUGCAUAUCGAGCUCGAGGAACUGGUCGCGAGAUUUGUCGGAAAGCCAGCGGCCAUCACUUUUGGCAUGGGAUAUGUGACCAACUCUUCCAUAAUUCCUGCUCUAGUUGGAGAGGAAGGACUCAUCGUUAGUGAUUCCUUCAACCAUAACUCGAUCAUCAAUGGUGCUCGAGCUUCCGGUGCAACGGUGCAGGUUUUCCGACACAACAGUCCAUCGCACUUGGAAGAGGUGCUGAGAGAGCAGAUCGUCAAGGGUCAGCCUGGCACGCACACACCAUGGAAGAAGAUACUUGUCAUUGUUGAGGGGAUAUAUAGCAUGGAAGGCGAGUUCUGUAAGCUACCUGAGAUAGUAGCCAUCUGCAAGAAGUACAAGGCGUACGUAUACUUGGAUGAGGCUCAUAGCAUCGGAGCGGUGGGCAAAUCUGGCAGAGGCGUUUGUGAGCUGCUUGGGGUGGAUCCGGCUGACGUUGACAUCAUGAUGGGAACUUUCACCAAGUCUUUUGGAUCCUGUGGAGGCUACAUUGCAGCAUCAGAGGAGAUCAUCCAACACCUGAAGCACGGUUGCCCUGCUCAUCUCUACGCGACUUCCAUGUCGCCACCUGCUGUUCAACAAGCCAUAUCUGCAAUCAAGGUUGUUCUCGGAGAAGACGGAUCAAACCGAGGAGCUAAGAAACUUGCGCGGAUCCGCGAGAGCAGCAACUACUUCCGGUCGGAGCUCAAGAAGAUGGGCUUUGUGGUGCUUGGAGACAACGACUCGCCGGUCAUGGCGAUUAUGCUCUACAAUCUGGCGAAGCUCCCCGCCUUCUCUCGGGCGUGCUUGAGGCAGAACGUCGCGGUGGUGAUCGUGGGGUAUCCGGCGACGCCAGUUCUCCUGGCCAGGGCAAGGAUCUGCAUCUCUGCUUCGCACACCAGAGAAGACCUGAUCAAAGGCUUGAAGGUCAUCGGCGAAGUUGGUGGCCUUGUGGGGGCGAAAUGCCUCCCUGCCGAACCAGAGAAGGCAAAGAAGAUGGACUGAGAGGAUCAGUAGAGAGGAGGAAGAAGAAGAACCUAGCUAUGACCUCCAUGUCUAGUUCUAUCAAUCGUUUGUUUGGCAUGCAAAGCCUUGUUGAUAUUAUCAUCAGAAUUGCAAUUUCUUCCUCCC